UUACAUGUAUACACACCGUACACGUUAUGCGAAGUAUCCGAAUUUUCAGUUUUCUUCAGUGAUUUUCGCUGUAGAACGGUAUAUUUAUUGGAUUUUAAUUCGCAUAUAUUUUAACGUGUUGUAUAUGUGCCGCACUUAUGUGCAUCUGCGAAAAAAGAAAACGAAUAUGGCGUGUGUAUGAUUUCUGACAAAGAUUCCACCGUCAGGAUGACGACUCCAGAGAGUCAGACUACAUUCGACGUAAAAGUGCAUUUUGUGAUACCAGAUCACCGUGAAUCUGAGAAUGAUUGCAGCGAGAAGAUGUGGCAGGCUUUCAAUAAAUGUGAUGGGCUUGGUUUGCAACCGCAGUGGAUUAAUAAGGAAUUCUGUGAUAAAAUAAAACCAAGUAAAAAUGAUGUAUUCGUUAUGGAGGACUUUAAGGGAGAUCUGUUUGAGAAGCUAAAAAAGUCAAAAUGCUCCAGGAUAGUAUCACCAAACUGCUUGCUCAUUUGUUUUGACAAUAACGAACCUAUUCCAGAAGGAAAUAGUCCAAUCUAUACAACAGCAAUGAGAGGAAUAUGUAUUUGUGCAUCAGGUUUGAGUCCAGAGAGCAAGGAUCAGAUACAACAAUGGGUUCAAUACAUGGGAGGUUUCUUUACAAAACAGUUGAGAAAUUCUGUCACACAUUUAGUAACUGACUCCGUAAUGUCUGCAAAGUAUGAGGGUGCUAUAGAGAUGAAGAUAUCAAUCAUGACAAAAGAUUGGGUGAAAGCCAUUUGGGAAGCAAAUUUGAAUGAAAUAGUUAAAGCAGAUGAUAAAAUGUUUGAUAAAUAUAAAUGUCCAGUUUUUAUGAAUUUAAUAGCCACCUCGACAAAUCUCUCCAAGCGACAGAAGGAAGAAGUCAAACAUCUAAUACACAGUCAUGGUGGAACAUUCAUGGGUCCUCUUGAUGGAUCAAAGGUUCGAGUAGUCAUAGCUUCUGAGAAUGGUCCAUUGAGUGACAAAUUGAAAUAUGCCAUGGAUAAUGGUAUCGCAUGCUUAAAAAUCAACUGGAUAUAUGAAAGUAUCAAAGUAGGAUAUGCUUUGCCUUUUCGUAAUUUCCUCAUUGAGUCUUCCAAAGCAUCUUCGACGCCAGAAAGAACACAUACUCGUAUAACAUUCAAUUGUUCUGAGAUCAGUUCAAUACCGUAUGAUAAACAUCACAACAAUUAUGUGAAUGAAAGUGUAUGCACUACAAUAUCGAAUUUUUCUACAAUAGAUGUGGCACCUAAUAAUUUUCCUGGCGCUGCUACAUCCAACAUUUUGGAUAGACUUACUUUUGGCAAGGCGAAAUUGGCUGGACCAUUUCUGGACGGAUGUAAUAUUUAUCUCGCUGGAUUCUCGAUAGGCGUCAGGGAUAAGCUAAACAGAAUAUUAAACGUCGGCAGCGCGACGCGCCUCGAUGAUAUAUCAGACGCUGUGACACACGUGAUUGUCGACGAUGAGAAUAAGGCAUCUGCAGAAUUGAAAGCGAUGAAAGCAAGAGGUUUAUGUCCUUACGUAUUGAGCAUAGAAUGGCUGGAAGAAAGCAUGAAACUAAAACGCCCUGCACCGGAGGAGCGUUUCUUGUUUGAAACGAAAGGCGGGGCACCGAAAAAAAACAUUGAGACACCUGCUUCUCCACUCAGUAAGAAGAAUCUGGAAAUGUUGCAACAACCAAAGAAGCCUCCUAUACCACCUUUCAAUUUGAAGCGAAAUAUUACACCUGAAAAUGAAGAACAACAACCCGAUCUUGUGCGGCAAUAUCUGCAGGAAACUACUAAUACAGAUAACUCGUUCACGGCACGCACCAAUACAACACAAGAAUUCGCAAGGCCUCGCACGCCCGCCUCUGAAGAGAAGAACCAAGAAAACUGCAAUAAUGCAACGAACACAGUGCGCCCUAGUAUACUUUGCGAAACCGUGCAAGCUAAGGAUCCGGAAAAUAGCGAUACUCUGCCAAACAGUCAGAGUAUUUGUGCGGUGGACAGCAAAUUAUUCCAAAGCCUGACGUUCGUUGUGACUGGCUUCGACAGCAGCGAGAACGGUAAUAUAGAGGACACGAUUGUAACCUUGAGUGGACGCGUGGUCUCGAACUCGUAUACUGGUGUACCAGAUUACGGUGUCGUCCCUGUUCACGGCGCACCACUAAAGCACACGGUCAACGAAAUUGUCACUGACUUAUUCAUUGAAGAUUGCAUAAAUCAGAAGGAAAUCGUCGAAAUUAAAUAUUAUCACAAGCCGUUGUCGAUUAGGAGACCUUGCAAGCCGUUGUCAGGAUGCGUCGUCACAAUGAGCAUGUACACAGGAGUGGAACGGAAGUAUCUGUCGGCAUUGGGCACAGAACUCGGUGCUAUAUGCCAAGACAUAUUCUCGCGGAAAGCGAACACGGAGAAGAAGGUGCACGGCAGUACGCAUCUGGUUUGCCCAACUCCGGAGGGAAAUAAGUACAGUGCGGCGGUGAGAUGGAAACUGCCGGCCGUCACUGCCAACUGGCUGAGGGCUUCUGCAGAUCAGCUGACAUUGGUGGACGAGACGUCGUUCCUCGUUGGGGAAACAAUGGCACCGGAUAGAUCGACCUUGAAUUCUGUCAGUGAAGAGAUGAAGUCCUCAAAUGCUUAUGUCAGUGAAAGUGAUAUAAAUACGGUAGAAAAGACCACCGCGACGAGAAAUAUCCUCACACCGAAGCGUCAUUUGCCUCAGAUAAAGACCCAGGAGAUAUCCAGCGACACUCCUUUAAUAAACAAAAGACUCAGUCUCGUGAUGAACAAGACGCCGCAGUCACCGUUUCAUGUUUCCACUCCGGAAACUCCAUAUGGACAGGUUUUCAAACCGGAUCCGUCGCCCGACACGAGAAAAGGCUGGGUCAAGUGGGUUGAUAAUUUUCCUGACUUACAAGUGACAGAACCCCCGUUGAAAAAACGAGCGCCUAGUACCCCGCUUUCGGAGCUGAAGAGACAGUUGUGGGAAAAAUUGAAGAACCCAAGUCAAUCUGAGAAGGAAAACGCAUCGGAUGAAACGCCAACGACAUCGAAUGGCGAUUCUUCAGGAAAGGUCAAAGAAAUAUUAGACGAUAAUCGGUUUAGUGAAGACAGUCCGUCCACGCCAAUUAAUAGGAAGCUCAGCUUCAGUCAGGAAGAUACUCCGGUAUCGAAUAAGCCGAGUAACGAGAUAAACAUGCAAAUAGCGCAAUUGGAUCAAGUGCUUCAACGAACGUCCAGCACUCCCGAGAGCAGAUAUUCCUUGUCCGGUGAAAAUGCUAAGAAGUACGACGACGAAACUUCCGACCACAUACAAAAGUAUAUGGUAAAAGACUCACAACCCGCCGACACCAUCGUGUGGGAAGAUCCGAAUCAUACGAAGCAAUCAAGACUGAGUGAGAGAACGAUCGAAAAGGAUGAGACCGAUAUGAGCGAAGCUGAGGAGGAACCCGUCCAACGAGACAUAACGCCAGAAUACGAGUGCGAGCCACCGUCGAUACGAAAAUUCAUGCUGUCGGGUGUAAAAGACCGAAACGAGUACGAGCGAGUGAUACGGAAACUCGGUGGAGACGUGUCGAUGGACGCAAACUUCGACAACAGCGCGACGCAUCUCCUUUGCGCCAAGCUGUCACGAAAUGAAAAGAUGCUCGGCAGCAUAGCGUCCGGGAAGUGGGUGCUGCACUGUUCGUAUCUACGCGACUCUGAUCGAGCUGACAGAUUCCUCGACGAAGAGGAGUACGAAUGGGGUAACCCGAGAAGCAAAGGUACGAUUCCGGAACCGAACAAUGAGAUCGAGCAAGGGAUCGCGGCGGCAGCUUACAGGUGGAGACUGAAAUUGCUGAAGAAGCCGGACGGUCCAUUCUCCGACAUGGUGGCUCUACUGCUGGUCUCCGAGGAGAAGUGCGAUCAGUUUAAGAGAUUGAUCGAAGCCGGCGGUGGUUCGGUCAUGCAAGCACGGCCGCCGUAUGACGCGAGUCCGUUCGGGCGCAAGAUCACUCACUGCUUCGUGAAUGUCAGACAAGUGAAUCAGCCGAUAGAUUGGGCCAUGUUGGCCAGCAAGGGCAUCCUCUGCUUCCUGCCGCAGUACCUGAGCGAUUAUCUGACAGCGACGAUGCCACUCAACCCGCGGAACUGCGUACUGCCAGAAUUCAAGAAAUACCUCACGUUAUUGCCGAAGUAAACUUGCCGGCAUUUUCUGCUCCUCCUUUCUGCUCGAUUGGAUUUUGUGCUUGUGAGCGCACAGCAUCAUGUUUUAAUUUAAAAUUAUCAGUACGAUGUAAAGAGAGACGAAGUGUAACAGAACAUCUCGCGAACAUGUACAUGGUAGUAACAGCGCGUUCUUCCACCAAUUGGGAGUCUCUUGGACUGGAAGAACGAUACACACGGCCGAAGAAGUUGAUACAGAUGUUAUAAAUUAGAUUUUAGGAUCUUUUGUUAACAGUCUCACUUCUCAUAACAGCAGUAAAAUAUUGGCUCGUUAGCAUUUGCAUUUUUCUACAUUUUUCUUUCGUUUUUCAGAUCGUCUCGCUUAUGUUAUUUUGCGUGUACAUUUAACAUUAGUUUUUGAUGCGUCGUGUACUGUGAUGUACCGUGCCGAUGUUACACUUUGUCUUUUUACAUUAUUAGGGGAAUUAUGGUAAAUCGAAAUUAUAAUUACGUUAAUUUAUAAAUGUGGGCGCAUGCGAGGUGUGCGUACUUUCUCUCCUCCACCUCCGCAAUGUAGAUUACGAUCUACAUUUGUAGACGGCGGAUUACAAUAAUGUAUAUAGCAAAUUUAGAAGCACGACGAUGAAAUGUCAAAAUAAAGAUCUUUUUACAGAUAGUAAAGAGAAUAUCUUUUAGGAA